UUCAAAGACUUAAGUCAGAGUUUUGUAACGGUCGCUACAAGUGUCGAAAAAAUCUAAAAAUUAAAACCUUUGAAACGUGUAAUAAGUAAUAAUAUUUUGUUGAUCUUAUCUAUUAUCAUAGCUUAUCGUCUUGCUAGAUAAUUUUAUUGGCACUUUAAGUUAGAGUUUAACAAGUGUUUGCUUAGUGAAUUUUAUCCAGUCAAUAUGUAAUGUGAUGUGAUGUAAUGGAUUUGAGUGCAAAACAACGAGUUUUAAAGUUUUUAAAACAUGCCGAUUCGCAAAUGAAGCCACAAGUAACUUUAUUUCGCGUGGGUGUACAGAAAAAAAUAAUAACAAUGCAUGUGAUAUGAAACAAUCACUGAUUGCCGACUGAGUCACGGACAAUUUAAAAUAUGUACUACGAAAACAACGAAUAAUAAAAACAUCAAGCUAAAAUAAUAGUAGAUAACUCUUCAAAGUAUACUCUUAUUUAUUGCAUGUAAUAAAAAUGAUUAAUUUGUGCAAACUGGAUGAGUAAAUCAUAACUGACUCAGGCUGAUUAAGUUGAGUCGAAAACUCAGCGUGCAGCUGAGCGGAACUGCGCCGGCGGAACGAAAAAGUGUUCCGACAUUCUGACAUUCCGCCAUCGGUUGGACUGGAACAACGGUGGAACAAAACGACGGAUAUUAUUCGAGCCGCGAACGGUGGACUGUGCGAUGCCGAUUGUCGGAAAACGCGACACAGUCGGGAGUUAAGCGCGAAAUCAGCGAGUUAUACAAGUGUAAACUAUCAAAAACUCAACUCUAACACUCGAAAUUUACAAAAAUUUAAAAUAAAGUACAGAACUAGUUAUAAACUGUGGAAAACAGUUAUAGUGUGACAAGUUGUAAAAACUUUACUUCUAUUAAAACAUAAAAAAAGUAUAAACAGAAUACUAAAAAUUUAAACCAGUUAAAAAUGACAGAUAAAACGUUAACUGCAGAGGAUUUACCCAUGACGUUCCAGGCAAAAUAUUUAGGUUGUUGUAAAGCCGCAGGACUCUGGGGAAUAAAACACACAAGAAAACCUGUUGAUUUUCUGGUAGAAUCAGCAAAAUCUUCUGGCCAAGCUUUAAAAGUAGUAGAAAUCAAAGUGUCUACUAAUGGUCUACACAUUCAGGAUCUUAUUUCUAAAAACAGCAAAACAUCAGUUACCCAUGCAAUAGAUUCGAUAUCCUAUGGAGUCCAGGAUUUGACAUUCACACGAGUAUUCUGUAUGAUAAUCUGUAAUAGUAGAGCUUUGGAAGACUCAGCAAAAGGAAUUAAUGUAGCGCCACAAUCAGUUGGCAAUACUGGUCAACAAAUGCAAGAGAAUCUCUUCAUGUGUCACGCAUUUGCCUGCGAGAGCAAACAUCAGGCAAGACAAUUGACGUUUGCACUUGCAGCAGCAUUCAAACACUUCGCCGAUGUGAUGAAGUGCAAACAAGAUAAAGAAAAACUGGUGAGGACCAUCGAUCUAAGAACAGCGGAUCAAAUCGCCGAUGAAGAGAGUGAAACUGAAGCAUAAACAAAAAAUACAUUUAAAAGUUGAUGGUAUUAAAAUAAAGUACAAUUAUUAUUAGCCUCUAAGUCAGAAUAUAGUGUAAGCUAAUACUAAUACCAAAUAUAUUUAUAAAACGAUCAGAAACAAUUGUUAAUUUUCACAAAACAAGAAAAAAGAAAGAAAAACAUAUCUGUGAUCGAACAAAGUUGUCAAAUGUCAAUACCAAGUACUAAUUAACAAGGUGCUCAAAUAAAUCACCGCAUAAAAUAAUUAUGAUUGUAUAAUUUCUAUUAUGACAAAUAAUGAUGGAAUAAAAUCUCAUUAUUUUUGCCAAA